CGCUCAGUGAAGACGUGUGUCGUCUGCGUCGCGACAGUUUUACGGUUUUUCCAACAAACAAACAAAAACGCUUCAAGUUCUAAACACACCCCCUUAUUUCGCGCUCGGGCAGCACUAAAAUUGUGCAUGCUCGUUUGUUUGGUCUGUCGGCGUUGUUUUACUCCCUCGCAGAGCACCACCCGUCGUCCGGGCAAGUACGCGCGAAACCGUAACGUCUAAAGUAGUAGUGCUUUCCCGUCUAAAAAGCAGUGCCUGGUGUUUUGUUCGAGCUAGAUUUCUGACCCAGUGCUUAAUAACACACCAAAACAAAAUUACAGUUCGUUAGUGCAUUGUGCGCCUCUGGUCGUCUCUGGGCGCAGGGGGUAGGGCAGCAUAUAUACUUGGUGCCAAUGGCGCUUUUCCCCUCUUCGGUUCUUGCCUAACCGCUCACGACGUAUCCCCUACCUCCAACACGGUUACAUUUUAGUCGCCAGCGCGCCUUACCGAGUAGUGAACCUACCCACCCCAUCGGACGACCGGGGGGAGGGCAUGUUUUGUGAGUUGCGCGCGUAACCCACAGUAACAUCGUCCAUCGCUCUGUGACCUCUACGAACGUGCAGAACGUGCAGUGUGAUAGCAAGUGUUUUUUUGGUGCAACGACGACGACAAAGCGACGAACCCUAUUUUUCUCUCUCAUACACGUGCGAAGUACAAUCGACAAGCAGUGAUACGAAUCCUGUAACCAUCUUGCCAUUAGCUCGUAGUUCCUGCAAGGAAUUGCUCCGUUUUGUUCCUAGUGUGUGUGUGCUAGUGCUCCCUUAUUAUAUUGAUCGUGUGUGCGCAGUGCAUUAAAACAUAGUUUAAAAAAAGCAUCUUACAAAGGGAAAGAAAGAAGACUGCGUGAAUUCACCAACCGCCAAUAUCAGUGCCCGCCCAACCAUAAUUCCAUUUGAUCGAUCCGCAACGAUUGUGACCCAUUCAAAUGUGACUGAUUCGUUGUGCCACGCUGUGGAAGUGAUUAAAGUGUGUAAUUUCACCCUCGGAGUUCAGUGCCUUAGUAGCAACAGAGCAGUGGCAGUACAGUGUAGCGAGUAAGUGAGUGAGCGCAGUACACCAGGUGCGUUGUUUGAGGAACCGCGCCCCGAAAUCGAACUGUAUUUCAUAUUUUAGCGCGGAUCCUUCACACCGUCAGCCGCCAUGUCCGCGGUACCGGUCGUCUGGUGCUCGGACCCGAACUCGUCGGAAAAGAAGCAACCGUUCGCGCUGCAGGGCAUCCAGCUGCAGGGCAACAUCACCGAGAAGCAUGUGCUCGCGAUGAAGGAGCUGAUCAAUGCGGCGUCGGAGGGCCGGCUGCUGCUGCCGACCGACGGUGCCAUUGUCCUGCUCGACUGCGGCCUCUCCAUCGGCAGCAUGGUGAUCGAGGGUAAGGCAGGGAAGGAGGUAGCGGCCGCUGCAGCCGCUGGCAACCACAGCACGGCAAAUGGCGAGCUGCUACUACCAGCGGCCGGCAAUCAUAAAUCAAUUCUGCCCUAUCGGCCUGCUGCCAAUAAUUGUGACCAACCGUCGCCGGUCGACGGGGUGGAAGGAGGAGACUGUAAUAAUCAUAAUAGUAGCAGUAGCGACAGCAGCGAUGAGUCUGAUAGAAUAGCAGCAGCAACAGCAGCGACUAGUAGUGAUAGGAGAUGGCGGCUCGAGGCGGCCGAGAAGCUGCGCGUCAUGCUCGAACAGCAGCUGGACGGCCGGGGGGACAUUGAUCCGGAUCGGGCGAAUGCAACGGUACCUCGACAGCAGGACGAGGAGGACGUAGAGCAUAGUCGAACCGGUGCAGAAGACGUAGAAGAAGUGACAGACGCUCGAAACGAUCGUUUAGGUGCUGGUGAGCAGCAGGAGAUGAUUGAUUUUCCAAUCGACGACGCUGCCAACCACGUGGACGGUGAAGAGCGGCAGCAGGAGCACCGUGAUGGCGAACAGCAGCAGGGAGCUUUGGAGCGAAGCGGAGGUUCGUCGCUUGGUGCCGAACUGCUCGGGCCCGAGCUGCUGUACGAAUUUCUGUGCUGUGCCAAAUGCAUGAACGACCCAACGUCCAGCUGCUCCAACCUGCCCAGCCAGCGCACGCGCAGCCUGACCGCACUGAACAACAGCUCCAAGCUGCUGUCGCGCGUACUGAACGGGCGGGCGAAGGCGCGCCUCUACUGCGACCCAGUGUACAGCAUCUCCAACCUGUACUUUAAGCGCUUCAUCAAUUACAAAAUCACCAAAAGCCGUCGCCCGGUCAUACGCAAAAGCUCCAGCCGAAGUGAUCGAUCCGGUGGUGGUGUUGUUGGUGCGGGAGACACUACGCCAGCAGGUAUUACCACUGUCCCGGAUGGUGGUGGCGGUGGCGGUGGCGGUGGCGGCAAGAAGAAACACUUCGCCGAAGGUUCGCCAGUGUACGCGACGGUCAACAAGAAGCUGAAGCUAAAGUCGCGCCUGGACGCGCUGCGGCGCAGCGGCCAUAUGGUGGAGGGACGGCGCAUGCGCCCCAGCAAACCGCGCGACAGGCAGCAGCAGCAGCUGGUGGUGGAGGAGGAAGUCGGCGCCCAUCCGGCAAUGCCGGAAAUUUUCAUCUCCGGCGCGUCCGGUUCGCCGCUCAAGCACCCGCCGCUCGGCAGCACGAGCAGGAAGACAAGCUUCGACUCAACCUGCACCGUCAGCUCGAUGGAUUCGGGCUUCAUCGACCAGCAGCAGCGGCAACAGCUGAAGCAGCAGCUACAGCAACAGCAACAGCAGCAUAGCACGGUGGAGGAACGCCAACCGAAGGGUGGUGCCAGCAGUGAGCAGGAGGAAGACGAUGGAAACGAUCGGUUGAACGAUCUGUCGCAGGUGCAGAUCAAAGAGUGUCUGGUGACGCAGUCGCGCAAUCGGCGCAAGUCGUACGAAGAGUUCAAGUCGCUGUUCCGGCAGGAGACGGCGGCGGUGGCGGCGGCCGCAGCACCGGCCAGUGACGUUGUUGGGCACGCUGGACGGGCCAGCAACACGGCCGGCCUGCCGCUGCCGAGCGUGGACGAGAAGGAGAGCGUGAAGGCGCGCCGCAAGUCAUACGAGGAGUUCAAGGCGUUAGUCAAAAUUUGUGAUACUAGCUUUAGCAGUUUGAAGUCGACGGCCGAGGAAGAGCCGGACCGGGAGUCAAGGGAGCAGCAGGAGGAGGAGCAGGAUGCGCGGGCGCAACGAGCGGCAACGCUGCCCGCAUCGGCAGCCAGCACCAUAACGGGCGCCUCGGCAGUCGGCAACUUGUUUAAGAUGAAGCGCAAAAACUCGCGACGCCUCAGCCUGAAGAAGCCGCCGACGGUGAGCGGAGGCGGCACGCCCGCAGCAGACAUUCAGCGGUCGGCGUCGGGCCGGGAGCUGGUGAAGGGGAGCACCAUUUACGACAUUCUGCGCAGCGAUCGUAAGUCAUCGGCACCGGCAGGGACGGCGGCAAGUCCGCUGAUCAAGGAUUUGGGCCAGCUGGCACUCACGCGGCGGACGGCGGAUGAGAUCUACCGCAAGAACUACAAGAUCUACGACAAGCUGAUCUCGUACGGCAGCAAGGCGUACAAGCGGUACGACAAGUACAUGACGUACGGCACGAUCUACGAGAUACUGCACCGCAAGUCGGACGCGGCCGAGGACGUUUUUCUGCGCAAGCGCGCACUGUCGGAGAAGUACGCCAAGCGGAAGGUCGGCGGUACGGCCACGCACUACGGCUCGGUGAAGCUGGGCACGAUCUACGACAUACUGCAGGGCAAGCACCAGCACCAGCAGCAGCUACCGAUAGGGACGAACGCGAGGAAGAAGUCUGCACCCGCCGGUACGGACGAUGCUUCGCCGCCGACAACGCUGUCCACGAUCUACGACAUCAUCCACUCGAAGAAGGCGGCCGAUCCGGCAGCUUCGCCGAAGGAUAAGGCCGGCAAGAAUCGGUUCCUGGUGAAGAAGAUCACCGAGGAGGAGCUGCACCUGAGCAACGAGAACGAUCGCAACGAGCUGAAUCUAGCGGCGAUCGGUACCGCAACCCCUGCCAAGGGGAGUUCCCUGGAAGGAGCUGCUGCACAAAAGACUGGUGACGAUACGGCACCACCAUCACCCGACUACACGACACCGAAAUCCGUUGGUCAAGCGAGAAAGCCGACGCGAACGCGCCGCUUCUCGAACAUUCUCUCCUACAGCUCGUCGCACUCGCCGUCGCCGAAGGUAUCCUGCCCAACGGUUAGCCUCACAGCGCCGGCCGAAGAGCCCCGGCUGGACAGUGCCCGGCUGAAGCAGAUAGCGGCCAGCGAUGAGGACCUGUACAAGAGCGCCACGGCGAAGCUGCGGGCCGCCCAGCAGCAGGUCCAGCGCCAUCAGCUGUCGGUCGAUGAGCUGUACGCGCGCAUCGGCAAGAUGCGCAAAUCGGCCACCGUCGCGUCGGCGCUCUGCACGAAGAUCGACGAAGUUGUUGGCGAAACGGGUGAAGCAGCGGCGAUGGUGGAGGGUGGUGCAGUGAAGGUGCUGGAACCGCUGCAACCGACUCGGCCGCAACAGCAGCACCAUCUGCUGGAUGUCCCCGGUCGGCGGCAGUUAGCGUCGGCGGUGGAUGUCGUUCAGCCCGGGACGAUCUUUAAAUCGAACUCGCUGGACAUGCUUGCGCCGAAGAAGCUGUCGCGUACGGCGCGCUGGAGCAAGCACGUGCACGAUGCGGCCAGCGGGCUCAGUGGGCCGAUCCGCAAGCUGUCCCCACUGAUCAUGCCGAUGCGCAAGGGCGAGCAGAAGAAGAGCACGAGGCGGCUGUCCGAGUUUACGCGCGGCGAAUUUCUCAACGAGAAACCAUGGUACUUCCGCAAGAUCAAAAGAAUAGAGGCGGAGAAGAAGCUGCUGCUACCGGAGAACGAACACGGCGCAUUCUUGAUCCGCGACUCGGAAAGCCGUCACAAUGAUUAUUCCCUAUCCGUGCGCGACGGCGAUACGGUCAAGCACUACCGCAUACGGCAGCUGGACGAGGGCGGCUUUUUCAUCGCCCGAAGGACCACAUUCCGCACGCUGCAGGAGCUGGUCGAGCACUACUCGAAGGAUUCGGACGGGCUGUGCGUGAACCUCUGCAAACCGUGCGUACAGAUCGAGAAACCUGUCACGGAUGGUCUAUCUCAUCGCACACGCGAUCAGUGGGAAAUCGAUAGAACGUCCCUCAAGUUUGUGCGCAAGCUCGGCUCGGGACAGUUCGGCGACGUGUGGGAAGGACUCUGGAACAACACCACCCCGGUUGCCAUCAAGACACUCAAAUCAGGCACGAUGGAUCCGAAGGAUUUCCUUGCCGAGGCACAGAUCAUGAAGAAGCUGCGGCACGUCAAGCUGAUCCAGCUGUACGCCGUUUGCACGCUGGAGGAACCGAUCUACAUCAUCACAGAGCUCAUGAAGCACGGCUCAUUGCUAGACUAUCUGCAGGGUAAGGGCAGAUCGCUGAAGCUGCCCCAGCUCAUCGAUAUGGCGGCCCAGAUUGCGGCCGGCAUGGCGUACCUCGAGUCCCAGAACUACAUCCAUCGUGACUUGGCCGCACGUAACGUGCUGGUCGGUGAUAACAAUAUCGUCAAGAUUGCCGAUUUCGGAUUAGCUAGAUUAAUCAAAGAAGAUGAAUACGAGGCACGGGUCGGUGCCCGGUUCCCGAUCAAGUGGACCGCUCCGGAAGCGGCCAACUACAGCAAGUUCUCGAUCAAAUCCGACGUGUGGAGCUUCGGCAUCCUGCUCACGGAGCUGGUCACGUACGGCAGAAUACCGUAUCCGGGCAUGACAAACGCGGAAGUGCUGACACAGGUCGAGCACGGGUACCGCAUGCCGCAGCCGCAGAACUGCAACACCCCGCUGUACGAGAUUAUGCUCGAGUGCUGGAACAAGGACCCGAUGAGGCGACCCACGUUCGAGACGCUCCAGUGGAAGCUGGAAGAUUUCUUCACCAUGGACCCAAGUGAAUACAAGGAGGCCGCACCCUUCUGAUAAAUGUCCGGCCGUGCCACCGAUCCCUCAACGUCGCUACCGUCGCCGGGAGCGCAAACCUCGUCAUCAUCAUCAUUAACAGCAGCAGCAGCAGCAGCAGCAGCAGCAGUGAUUGCAGCCCGGAACUAACAACCGGUAUCUCUGCGCCUUCCCUCCGGGUUUAGUUUUCUUUCUUCUUCUGCCCAAUUCCCCCUGCCAACCGGACCGUGGCUCUUCUUCCGCUUCCCCGUUCAUCUACAUUGUACACCCGAGUCCGGGUCGGGUCGUUUGUUUUAAUUGAGACGCAGAGACGCUGCGAACUACAUCACUCAUAUGCGGUGGGGCUCCGGAGAGCGGAAUGGUGGGGGCAAUGCAGCAACUAUUCGGCUAUUUAUUUAGGUUUCUACGAUGCAUUCACACACACAUUCACAAAGUCACCGCUGCUUAGCUCUCAUAUAUACAUAUACUGUAAUAUGUAAUAUGGCGUAUUAAAAAAAAACUAGGUUUACUACGAGAGCGGGAAGACGACAAACAAACAAAAAAACUGUGUCACAGGCGCGCACAACCCGGGGUGUGGGACAAUUCAAGAUAAAACGGGAAAAAGCAAAAAAGCGGUUUGAGUCAGGGAGGGAGUUUAGUGUUUUGCCAAUGUUCAAGUCCCCCCCCCCGAAUCGAUUAGCUAAAAAAACAAAAACAAAAGGGAAGGACGCAACCCUUCCCCGGACUGAACGUGGAAGCGUAUUUAGUGAACGUUAGAGAGAGAUAUAUAUGCCAAUCGUGCACGGUCAAUCAGUAGUAGUGUGAUUUAUUAGCGCAAAAAAAAGCGGAAAGGAAGCGAACACCGUGCGGCACCGUGCGGCGUCUGUCACAGGGGUUUUUGUGGUAUUUUGUGUUAAUUUUUGCCCCCCUUUCCUUAACACCCACCCGUUGGUGUGCACAUAGAUGAUUUUUCUAUUAAUUCUGCUUUAUUUCGCGUUUAUGAUAGUUUAUGCUCGCGUUUUGUUGCUCUCCACGUACGUCCACUACUUUACAUUACAGUUCGCGAAUGUAAGUGAAUGCUUUAUGUGUGCUAUGCUGACUUCGGAUCGCAGUUCAAUAGUAGCUUGAAGUUCACAGUACUACUCUGUGUAUGAGAUGUCCCCCUUUGGGAGGAUUGUUUGUUUUUGGUGAAGGAAUCGGCGCGCUUGUUUCUUUUGCAAAUCGUUUGCUUACUCUGCUUUUACUCUGUGCCGUGGACGCUCUGUGCUAUUUUGCUGUACGUUUUUGCUUGACCUUCGUCCACAGGCGUGCAGUGUUAGCUUAAUUGAACAACAUCAGUUCGUGUAGGUUCUACCUUGUGUAUGCUGCUUUUACUGAGUUUUGUUUUGUUUUUUUAAAUGCACAUUAAUACGAUUGCUCUAAUUGUUACUCCUCGGGCAGCUGCUUCAUGCGGGUGUGUGCGUGUUUUAAAGCGUUAGAGCAGCUUCAACGUCUCUAUUUGUCUAAACACUUACUAACACGAGCCUGUCGUAUCAUUCCUGUCCUGAAGCUUUACAUCGUAACGCGGGAGGAAAAGAGCAAGCUUAGCGUUAACGAGAGAACGAUGGGUUAGAGGGAGAAAGCAGAGAACCAGCAACGACAAUGUGGUACUGAAUAUUUGUUUGUUUGUUUCUUUUAAACUGUAGCCAUGUUUGCUGAUAAUUUAAAACGCUUCUCUUUCUUUCCUUUUUCCAAUUUUGUGUCUUGUUUAAGUUACUAAACGAAAAUAGCGCGCGCGCGCGUGGGGAACGAACACAACGAGAUUAGAGACACGUGAUGUGGAUGAAACAAUCAAAAGUCAAUCAAUCUCCUAAUUCACUCGCGUUCAUCAGAAGAGUUCGGAGUUCGGAUGGGGGAGGAGGGUGGGUAAGCAAAAGGAAGCAACAGUGGAAUGCGGGUGCAUUUAUGUUUAAGCAAACUCUCUCGGUACGUGUUAAUUAAUCGUUUCUCAGUAUCAUCAGCGGUAGCAGAGUUUAGUGGUUAGUGGUAGUUUCCUCCGUUUGCUUCACCACCAUCCCAUUACUCAUUUAAAAAAAAAAAUGGAACUUUAUACGACGAAAACACACACAAGUAUAUAAUGUAAGUGUAAAUAUGUUACGAUCGAUGCUUUUACUACUAUUUUUUCGAAUGAAGAUCACUCUUUUUCAUAUUUUCCCCUGCUCUCGUACACAUACCCCCUGUUAGUGACCCCAGUAGCCGAUAUCGGUAUUCAUGUACGUGUUUUUUUUUUAUUUCAAUCUUUAAUCUUGAAUUCAGUUUGUCCCUGAUACAAAGUUCUUAACGGAUAUAGGGAUGUGACGUGUGUUGGCAUGCUAGUAAAAUGAAUGAUCUUCAAUUGGUUUUGCGCGCCAAGAAGCAGGAAGAAGAGAGAGAGGAGACAGGAAACAUAAUAAAGCAAAUUUCACUUGAUAUGAUGAUGAAACCUAUUUACAAAUGCUAUUUGUAAUGGAAAAUUAAACGAAAAAAAACCUGACCCCUUCACAAUAAAUCACAUACAAAGACAUUGGGACGAAUGCAAGGACACACUCAACGUAAACAGAAAUACAAAUGAUAUUAAUAUAACAAAAAAAACAGUGAGCCCAUAUUGCAACCUUCACUAAAGGAGAAAAAUGCAUCACAAUUUCGUAAUUGUGUGUGUGUUUGUUUUGUGCAAAUAUAUAUAAAUAUAUCGAAAGACGCGUGAGAAAAGAGAGAACAAAAGCCCAAUUGUAUGUUUUCCGUAGGGUUGAUCGAGUGAUCGUUUUGAGCAAGUGAUCCGGUGUAGUAGGGAGAACGCGGGGACAAACUUCGACAAACUUUUUCAACACACACUCUGAACAAUGCUGAAGUCGCCCCACCCUGUAUAAAGCUUUGCAAAGUUUCAUCUUCUAUAGCAUAUAUACGCAAUAUACAUACAUACAUGCAUACAUACACAUAUAUUUCUCUCUCUCCAAAAGCACUAGGCUCUCAUUAGUAGGCGGUAAAAGGAGCAGCAGCAGCAGCAGCCAGCACCAUCAUACACAUUCACGCGUUCUUUUUUAAAUGUGAAGGCAAGCAGAGAGCAGCGCGUGUCGAAUAUAAUACACUAUGGAUAGGAUUUUCUCUGUUUUUUUUUUUGGUAUAAGUGUAAAUGUGUGUUGAUGAAACGGGCAAACAAAUAUGCAAGUAGCUGAGUUGAAGCAAAGGCUCGGCAUAAUUAUAGCGAUAAGUGAAACGGAAAAAAAUGGAAAACUAUUAUCUUUUGACACCAGACAAAACCGGGGGAGAAGGGAUAAUAGAGACAUCAUACGAAACAGAACAAACGAAAACAAACGUGUACUGCAGCAGGAUGAUAAGAAGGAUAAUGACAUGCGGGUGGCCGAUGGGGAGAUAGUUGAAGGUUUCCAUAGUCUUCUCCCUCUCCAUCGGCGUCACUCGCGAUUCAAGUGCGACGCAGAAAACUGAAAUAAAAUAUAGAACUAUAUGAAUAUUA